CAAGCAUCCCUAGUAGUAGCCUCCCUAGGAGUAUGGGCUCCUCCAGAACAAUUGGUGGCGCAAUUACGCCUUAAUUAUAUUUGGUAUGUCACCGAAAAGAAGAAGAAAGAAAUAUAAGGCAUGAAGGAUUAGGAUGUAAACAAAUACCCUCUGUUUGAAGUUGUGUUAGACGCUUGUGUUGUAGCUAUGAUAUCUCGGCUGUUACAGUUGCUGAAAGAGGAGGAUGAUUUGUUUGCACGAUUACAGAGCUUGCGAGCCAGGCGUCGAAGGCGGCGACAGUUUAUGCGCAGAAUAAAUCCCCCCACACGAAAAGAGGGGAGUUUCUCCCCUCUGGUUGAAGCCCGGGAAAGGGAUUUCGAUAUCUCUGGAGCGGAUGCCGUCGAUGUGCCUGUGGUGAGUGUCAUUACCAGCAAAAAACCUCAAGUCGUUUUGCUUACGAAGACCAUGGGAUCUGAUUAUACCCCCUCUCUUCGGUCUUAUAUAUCAUCUGCAUCCACACCAUCAAUGUUGUCCACUGAAUGUGUCUCCCCAGCUUUGAAUGCUGCACAAACAGUGGACUCAAGUCACAUACUGCCUGACUCAAGUUGGCCCACAAGACGUGUGGGCCAACUUGAGAUUGUGAAGAGACGUGUAAAUACUGAGGAUGGAAUACUGAAAAAACUGGAGAGAAUUGACCUGGAGAAGGAAGUGAUGGAAAUUAAUGAGGACACUGCAUUUUGUGCGUUUGUGGCCCACAUGCUGUCUAAACUCUCUGAAGAACCAAGACGAGCUGCUCAGUUGCGAAUCUUGCAAAUCCUACAUGAUGCCAGGAAGAAUGACUUGGGAUCUUCCUGAGGAGUAGAGGGAAUGAUGAUGAUUAAUAGGACAGUGAAGUUAUGUAAGGGUUCUGUUCUGUUCUGUUAAAUUGUUCAGAAAAAUGUUGACAUGGUUGAACGGUGAUAUUUGUUUCACAUUGACUCCAGCAGUCAAGAAUAAGUUACUGACCAAUAUUGUAGCAACUCAAUAUUAAAGUUUGGGUUUAAGCAA